AUGGCGCGGCCUGAGGGAGGAGGACCUCCCGGCGAGACGGAGAUGGAGGUGAGCCUGAAGUACCUCUCGAGGAAGCUCGACGAGUUCGCCAAGGCCAGGGACUGGGAGAAGUACCACAGCCCUAGAAAUCUCCUCCUCGCCAUGGUUGGAGCGGAAUUCAAAACCAUCCACGCAUUUUCUCAAACAUUUGGUGGGCACACUGGAAACGAACCUCCUGGUUUCUCCUGCAGGUGGGCGAGGUGGGGGAGCUCUCAGAGAUCUUCCAGUGGAGGGGGGAGGUGGCGAGAGGGCUGUCCAACUGGGACGAGUCGGAGAAGGAGCACCUGGGGGAGGAGCUCUCCGACGUGCUCCUGUAUCUCAUCCGAUUGGCGGACGUCUGCGGCAUUGAUCUCGGAGAAGCCGCCACCAAGAAAAUCGUCAAGAACGCCGUCAAAUACCCUGCUCCUCCUAAGCUCCCCUAG